CCGUUUGCUUCAUCGCAGUAAACAUAAACAUGAGGAACACGGUGAAGCGCAGAAAAGCCAGCAAUCUCACCACCCAAACAUUGCUGGACUUUGAUUUGGGCGAAUCGUCAUCGGAUUCGGAUUUCCGCAUCGAGGAUCACGAUGACGACAGUGAUGACUGUUCGCUAGGAUCUAAGGAAGACAAUGACGAUGGAGAUGACGAUGAUGAUGAGGAGGAGGAGGACGAUGACGACGACGAUGAUGAGGAUGAUGACGAGGGUGAGGAUGAGGAAGAUGAGGACGAUCAGGUCAAUAAAUCGGUGCAGCAGCAGCUGAAAGCUGCUCAAAAUGGUGCUGCUAGAAAAGCUGCUGGUAACGCCGACGACGAGGAGCCGGAGGAGGACGCGAACAAGGUAACGAGUGUUUUGGUGCCGGUAUCGAAAGCAACAAGCGAACGGGAAGCCGCCAUCCAAAAGCUGCUGAUGAAAUCGAUCUGCUGUGCGUGUUUGGGCGAUCGUAGCGAUGAUCAAAACGAGAUCGUCGAGUGUGACGGAUGUGGCGUUACCGUGCACGAAGGUUGCUACGGUGUGAGCGAGUGUACUAGCGUUACCAGCACGAUAUCGUCCUGCUCCACCGAACCGUGGUUCUGCGAUGCGUGCCGCGCCGGGGUGGAAAAUCCCGACUGUGAGCUGUGCCCGAACAAGGGUGGCAUCUUCAAGGAGACGGACGUCGGCAAAUGGGUUCAUCUGGUGUGUGCGCUGUACGUGCCGGGCGUUGCAUUCGGCGAGGUAGAUCAGCUGUCCUCGGUCACCCUAUUCGAGAUGCCGUACAACAAAUGGGGUGCGAAAACGUGCUGCCUGUGUGAGGACGCAAGGCUCGCCCGUACCGGCGUCUGUAUUGGGUGCGAUGCUGGAAUGUGUAAGACGUACUUUCACGUGACCUGCGCCCAGUACUAUGGGCUAUUGUCCGAGGCACAUUCGGAGGAAGCGGAUCAAGCCGAUCCGUUCUACGCCCACUGCAAGAUCCAUUCGGACAAGUCGCUCAUCAAACAUCGCAAGCGUAACUACAACGCGAUCAAGAUGAAGGCAGUCCAGCGUCAGUUAGAGGAAGAGUCGCGCAGAGAACAAAAACCAACGCCGGAGCAGGUACGAAUCGAGCGGAAGCUAACGAAACACCGCCGACGGUACGUCGCAAACAAGGAGAUGAAGAAUCCGCCCUGGGUACCGACUCAGAAAAUGCCCCGGCUAUUAAUAACGAGUGCAACCGCCUGCAAGAAGCUGCUCUACAAAGCGGAGCUGAUGGGGCUAGAUAUGGCGGCGAUCGAGUUCCAGGAGGCCCAGAUUGCUUCGCUGAGCGAUGUCCGCAAAAAGUGGCACAUUCCGCCAGCAUUUAGCGUCGAGUUUAUCGGCUACUAUCUCGACCGAGCGAUCCGGCUGGUGGACAUGAAGAAAAAUCUGCAAGAACAGAUCGCACUGAACAAGCAUCUUCUCGGGAAGCAGCAACAGUUGCGCGUCAAGUACGAUCGUACCGUAGCCAAGAAUCAGGACGCUCUGAAACUGCAUGAAACGUACAAAGAUGCGAUAUCAAAGAUUUACGAGCAUCUGAAUGCGCUUUGCCCGAACAAAGCGCUCAUACCGGUAGAUCAAAUUGGCAAACCGCCGACAGUUGGUGCUCCACCGUACGGGAAACCGGUACACCAGAGCGUCGUGAUUAAUGCGACCCUCAGCGUAACACCGCCCGCCCGCACAAUGUCCGUACCGACGGCGGCAGCAUUGAAAAUGGGUGUCGGUUUCCCGCUCCAGAAUCUCAUGGUACCGGGCAAACGGGACGAUACCGGGCGCAUCCUUAGCACGCAGUGCAAACAGAACAGCGAGGACCUGCUGAACGAGUGUGGCAUUUGCAAGCGUUGCAACGAUCAGCAUCUGCUGGCGAAGUGUGACACCUGCCAUCUGCAUUACCAUCUCGGAUGUUUGAAUCCACCGUUGACGCGACACCCGAAAAAAUCCAAACUCUACGGUUGGCAGUGUUCCGAGUGUGACGAAUCGGACGAUUCAAAUCCGGAAAGUAUCAUCAUACCGAAGAUGCCACGGAAAUCGCGUACCCGCUAUUCCAAGGAUGGUACCAUUGUGCCGUACGAUUAUUCCUUUGCCGAACAGGCACCAACGCAACCUACAACGCCGCCUACCCAGUCCGAUGGUGUCCGCAAACCGAUAAAAGUCGUCAACCCGGUAGUCCUGUUAUCGCCCACUCCAACUGAUAUCAAGCAGGAAGGUACAAUGGACGUAGAUGCGUCGCUUGUAAAAAUACCGAGUAAGCGUGGUCGGAAGAAGAAAUCGAUAGACACACCACCGAUGCCUGAUGGUGGUGAUGAGGCACAACCAGUACAGGCCGAUCUCAAACCAACAAACGCCACGAAAGAGGAGCAAAGCGACGGCCAAAGCAGCAAACAAUCGGUGCUGGAUUCUACCUUUUCCGAACUGGACACGUCGGAUGAACAGCAGCAGCAGCAGGUCAGCAAGUCUGAAAAGGUUGAAUCAACCACCGUAACGCAGGACUCAUCCCCGGCUGGUUCGUCACAACACAAAACGGUGCCCACCAAUACAAGCGAAAGCACUCCAACGAUGAAUGCCUCGUGGCCUGCACCAGCGGCAAGCUCGUCGGAAGCGGUACCAGCAACGGCAGCAUCAGCUGUUAUGCCCGGUCCAGCCAUAGAGAAUACCGAAUCCUUUUCAUCCACACACCACAAGCACAGCAAACGUCGCAAGGAGAAGCAUCGCAACCGAUCGCCCAACACGGACCGAAUCCUGUCCAAGGACCACAAGCGCAAACGAAAGCGAAAAAAUCACGAUUACGAAACGGUUGAACAAACGGAUAUCGAUUACGGACCACUGGCGGAGUACGGUGACAGCCGACCACGUAUAAAAAUUAAGAUCAAAUCAGUACUGGAUGGGUCUAAUCGGCACACGACACAAAUAUUCUACGUGCGCACCGAAUCCCAUACGGAAGAAUCCGGAUCCGCACUGCCACAGCUCAUAUCUGGCGCCGCCGACAGUUCGUCGCAUCUGAACAAUUCGCAGCUGAACACAAUGGUGCCGGCCUCAAACCAACCGAUACCAUUUAAUGGUACCGAACACAGUACCCAGGGAAGGGCGCGUAUCAAGCGAGAUGUUGGCAGCCGUCUCAAUGCGUCUAGCACUACUACCAUCAACAGCGCCAUUGGCGCAAUCGGUUCGUCAUCGUCCGGACCGGACGAAUGCAUUUGUGACGUUUGUCAGGGUCCGGGUACCUCAGCUAACAUCGUACAGUGCGAUGAAUGCCAAAAAAGUUAUCAUUUUGGAUGCUUAGAACCACCGCUGAAAAAGACGCCCAAGCGGCGUGGCUACUCCUGGCACUGUGCUGAUUGCGAUCCAACGGAUGUAGAAAGCUGAACGACGG